GUGUGGUGAGUGACCUCCGACGCGACGUUAAAAUUUAGUGUGUGGUGUGUGUCACAAGAUUUAUCCCAUAAUGUGCUAGAAAUGAACACUAUAACUGAAUGAUGAGAGGACACUAUAAACUACUAUAGUUGGAGUAUCUGUAGACUGGAUUUUGCUGCAGUACUAUAUGCAGCAAGAUGGUUAUCGUGACACGGGGUGAUUAUAUCUGGAUCGAACCGACCGCCAAUGGUGAAUUCGAUGUGGCAAUCGGAGCCAGAGUUAUCCAGGCAGAAGGUAGGCGAGUCUUCGUGCGUGAUGAUGAUGGUAACGAACAAUGGUUGGCCCACGACAGGCGGAUCAAGGCGAUGCACGCGACCUCCGCUCAUGGGGUGGAGGAUAUGAUCGGCUUGGGAGACCUCCACGAAGCUGGAAUAUUAAGGAAUCUCCUUAUCCGUUACAAUGAGAAUCUCAUUUAUACUUACACAGGGUCUAUUCUUGUGGCGGUUAAUCCGUAUCAAAUAUUACCCAUAUACACUGCUGAACAGAUUAAGCUUUAUAAGGAGAGGAAGAUUGGAGAGUUACCUCCGCAUAUAUUUGCCAUAGGGGAUAAUGCUUAUGGAAACAUGAGAAGGUAUGGCCAAGACCAAUGCAUAGUAAUCUCAGGAGAGUCUGGCGCAGGCAAAACCGAAAGCACCAAAUUAAUUUUACAAUAUUUGGCGGCCAUAAGUGGCAAACAUUCCUGGAUCGAGCAGCAGAUCCUCGAAGCAAACCCCAUACUAGAAGCCUUUGGUAAUGCUAAAACCGUGCGCAACGACAACAGUUCCAGAUUUGGAAAGUACAUCGACAUCCACUUCAAUGCUAACGGUGUCAUAGAGGGAGCCAAAAUCGAACAAUAUUUACUAGAAAAGAGUCGAAUAGUGUCACAGAAUCAAGAGGAGCGGAAUUAUCAUAUUUUCUAUUGUUUGUUGGCCGGGCUUAGUAGGGAGGAGAAGCGAAAGCUGGAGUUAGGAGAUGCCGGACAGUAUCGAUAUUUAACCGGGGGUGGUAGUAUAACGUGUGAAGGCCGAGAUGACACUGCCGAAUUCGCAGACAUCCGAAGCGCCAUGAAAGUUUUACUAUUUUCCGAUCAAGAAAUUUGGGAAAUCAUGAAACUCUUGGCGGCCCUCUUGCACAUCGGUAACAUUAAAUACAAGGCUACCGUGGUGGACAAUUUAGACGCGACUGAAAUUCCUGAUCCAACCAACGUGCAUCGCGUUGCCAACUUGCUGGGUGUACCAGUUCAACCUUUAAUAAACGCCUUGACAAGAAAAACUCUUAUUGCCCAUGGCGAAACGGUUGUUUCAACGCUGUCUAGAGAGCAGAGCGUUGAUGUACGAGAUGCAUUCGUUAAAGGGAUUUAUGGCAGGUUGUUCGUGUUUAUUGUAAAAAAGAUCAAUGCGGCCAUAUACAGACCGAAAGAGAGGCAAAGGAGUUCAAUUGGGGUCUUGGAUAUUUUCGGAUUUGAAAAUUUCAAUCAUAAUAGUUUCGAACAAUUUUGUAUUAAUUAUGCCAAUGAGAACUUGCAACAGUUUUUCGUUAGACACAUUUUUAAGUUGGAGCAGGAGGAGUACAAUUUGGAAGGUAUCAAUUGGCAACACAUCGAAUUCGUGGACAACCAAGAUGCCCUGGACCUAAUAGCCAUCAAACAGCUGAACAUCAUGGCUCUGAUCGAUGAAGAAAGCAAAUUUCCCAAAGGCACCGACCAAACGAUGCUCGCGAAACUUCACAAGCAGCACGGCGCGCAUCGCAACUAUUUAAAACCCAAAUCAGAUAUAAACACCAGUUUUGGCCUAAACCAUUUUGCCGGCAUCGUGUUUUAUGAUACCAGAAGUUUUUUGGAAAAAAACCGGGAUACUUUUAGUGCCGAUCUGUUGCAGCUUGUGGCGAUCAGUGGCGAUAAGUUUUUGCAACAAUUGUUCCACGACGAGAUUGGUAUGGGGUCGGAGACUAGGAAACGCGCUCCGACUUUAUCAACUCAGUUUAAACGAUCUUUGGACUUACUUAUGAGGACUUUAUCGAAUUGCCAACCGUUCUUUAUAAGAUGCAUUAAACCAAAUGAACUAAAAAGACCCAUGGUCUUUGAUAGAACGUUAUGCUGCAGGCAGUUGAGGUACUCUGGAAUGAUGGAAACUAUUCGUAUUAGACGAGCUGGAUACCCCAUAAGACACACUUUCGGAGAGUUUGUCGACCGCUAUAGAUUUUUAAUAUCUGGAGUGCCACCGGCGCAUAAAACCGAUUGUAGAGCGGCCACUACUCGCAUAUGUCAAAUUGUCUUGGGCCGAUCCGACUAUCAAUUCGGAAACACCAAAGUGUUCCUUAAGGAUGCGCACGAUUUAUUUUUGGAGCAGGAACGCGAUAGAGUUUUAACUAAGAAAAUACUAAUUUUGCAACGAAAUAUCCGAGGUUGGGUCUAUCGCAGAAGGUUUUUAAGAUUGAAGGCAGCCACAGUGAUCGUGCAGAAGUAUUGGAAGGGGUAUGCUCAACGGCAGCGAUAUAAGAAGAUGAAAGUGGGAUACAUGAGGUUGCAGGCUUUGAUCAGGGCAAGGGUGUUGUCUCAUCGGUUUAGGCAUUUGAGAGGGCAUAUUGUUGGAUUACAGGCCCAUGCCAGAGGUUUCCUGGUACGUCGCGAAUACGGUCAUAAGAUGUGGGCGAUAAUCAAAAUCCAAUCACACGUACGCAGAAUGAUCGCACAACGUAAAUACAAAAAACUGAAAUUUGAACAUAAGAAACACGUCGAAGCGCUAAAAUUGAAACAAAAAGAGGAACGACAGUUAAAAGAUGCGGGCAAUAAGAGAGCGAAAGAGAUCGCCGAACAAAACUAUCGCGAACGCAUGUACGAAAUGGAAAGGAAAGAAAUGGAGUUGGAGCUGGAAGAGCGAAAACGAGUGGAAAUCAAAAAAAAUAUUAUUAACGACGCGGCGAGAAAAGCGGAUGAACCGGUGGACGACUCAAAAUUGGUCGAGGCCAUGUUCGAUUUUCUUCCGGACAGUUCGAGCGAGGCACCGGGUCCUGGCAGAGAAACUUCUGUGUUUAAUGACUUACCAACGCAAACCAAUGAAAACGAAAUUAUUAGUCCGAUGCAAACUGUAUCGGAUGAUGAGGAGGACUUAAGCGAGUUCAAAUUUCAAAAGUUUGCAGCGACUUAUUUCCAGGGUAAUGUGGGACACCAGUAUUCUAGAAAGCCGUUGAAGCAUCCUUUGUUGCCUUUGCAUACUCAAGGAGAUCAAUUGGCUGCGCAAGCACUUUGGAUCACCAUACUUCGUUUUACCGGUGAUUUACCGGAACCCAGGUACCAUUCGAUGGAACGGGAUACCACGUCAGUCAUGUCCAAAGUAACAGCAACCUUAGGAAGAAAUUUCAUUAAAAGUAAAGAGUUUCAGGAGGCACAACUGAUGGGAAUGGAUCCUGAAUCCUUUACUAAACAGAAACCCAGGUCAAUAAGAAAUAAACUGGUUUCCCUUACACUAAAACGCAAAAACAAACUAGGAGAGGAUGUCAGGAGGAAGUUACAAGAGGAGGAGUAUACGGCGGACAGUUACCAGUCGUGGCUCGAGUCUCGGCCGACAAGUAAUUUGGAAAAGUUGCAUUUUAUUAUCGGACAUGGAAUAUUAAGAGCCGAAUUAAGGGAUGAGAUUUAUUGUCAAAUAUGUAAACAGUUGUCGAAUAAUCCUUCUAAAUCUUCACAUGCAAGAGGCUGGAUCCUACUGUCCCUCUGCGUCGGUUGUUUCGCCCCCUCCGAAAAAUUCGUCAAUUAUCUACGGGCGUUUAUUCGCGAGGGCCCCCCGGGCUACGCCCCCUACUGCGAGGACCGUCUGAAGCGCACCUUCAACAAUGGCACCAGGAACCAACCGCCCAGCUGGCUCGAAUUACAAGCGACCAAGUCCAAGAAACCUAUCAUGUUGCCCAUCACAUUCAUGGACGGAAACACCAAGACUUUAUUGGCCGAUUCCGCAACCACCGCGAGGGAGUUAUGCAAUCAGUUAUCCGACAAGAUCGGAUUGAAGGACCAAUUUGGAUUUUCCUUGUAUAUCGCGUUGUUUGAUAAGGUGUCCUCUUUGGGUAGUGGAGGAGAUCAUGUGAUGGAUGCGAUUUCGCAGUGCGAACAGUACGCGAAGGAACAAGGAGCUCAGGAGCGAAACGCUCCUUGGAGGUUGUUCUUUAGGAAGGAGAUUUUUGCUCCUUGGCAUGAACCGACCGAGGAUCAGGUGGCCACUAAUUUGAUUUAUCAGCAAGUUGUUAGGGGAGUCAAGUUUGGAGAAUAUAGAUGUGACAAAGAAGAAGACUUAGCAAUGAUAGCAGCUCAACAAUACUACAUCGAAUACAACACAGAUAUGAACGUAGAACGAUUGUUAACUCUACUGCCCAAUUACAUCCCGGACUAUUGUUUAACCGGAAUAGAAAAAGCUGUAGAUCGAUGGGCGGCCUUGGUGGUCCAGGCAUACAAGAAGAGCUACUACAUCAAAGAAAAAGUAAACACGUUAAGGGUGAAAGAGGAUGUAGUCAGUUAUGCCAAGUUUAAGUGGCCCUUGUUAUUUUCGCGGUUCUACGAAGCGUACAGAAAUUCCGGGCCGAACUUGCCGAAGAACGAUGUUAUUAUUGCGGUCAACUGGACAGGGGUGUACGUAGUCGAUGAUCAGGAGCAGGUGCUUUUGGAAUUGUCUUUUCCCGAGAUUACAAUGGUUUCUAGUCAGAAAACUAAUAAAGUGUUCACGCAGACUUUCAGUUUGAGUACGGUGAGGGGAGAGGAGUUUACGUUUCAGAGUCCCAAUGCCGAGGAUAUCAGGGAUUUGGUUGUGUACUUUUUGGAGGGUCUGAAAAAACGUUCAAAAUACGUCAUAGCUCUACAGGACUACAAAGCGCCCGGCGAAGGUUCCAGUUUUCUCACCUUCCAAAAAGGCGAUUUGAUCAUCUUAGAAGAAGACAGCACGGGAGAAACAGUCCUUAAUUCCGGUUGGUGCGUCGGCAGAUGUGAGCGCACGCAAGAAAAGGGCGAUUUUCCUGCCGAAACCGUUUACGUGUUACCUUGCAUGAGCAAACCUCCAGCUGAUAUUUUACAAUUGUUUUCUGUCGAAGGUGUCCAUGAUCACCAGAGACGCCUCAGUCAUCACUCACUAAACGGCGUAGAAACCAAAGAUCGACCUCACACAUUAAUAGAGUAUGCCAUAGACCAUUUCCGACCGCCAUUGAAAAGAACCGUAUCGAAAGCACUCACUUUAAGUGGUGGAAGAAGAACGGUCACUGAUGAACUUUGGAAGCAUUCAAGAGACCCUAUUAAACAACCCUUGCUAAAGAAACUGCUGACGAAAGAAGAACUGGCUGAAGAAGCAUGCUUCGCUUUCAGCGCCAUCUUAAAAUACAUGGGCGAUUUGCCAAGCAAACGACCGAGACUUGGUAACGAAUACACCGAUCAUAUAUUCGAUGGCCCGUUGAAGCAUGAAAUUUUACGGGACGAGAUUUAUUGCCAGAUCAUGAAGCAGUUGACCGAUAAUAGGAAUCGGAUUUCUGAAGAGCGAGGAUGGGAACUUAUGUGGCUAGCAACAGGAUUAUUCACAUGCUCCCAAAGCCUUUUAAAGGAGUUGACAGCUUUUCUCCGAAGCAGACGUCACCCGAUCUCCCAAGAUUCCCUUCAGCGGCUCCAAAAAACCUUGAGAAAUGGGCAAAGAAAAUACCCACCGCACCAAGUGGAGGUGGAGGCCAUCCAACACAAAACCACCCAGAUCUUCCAUAAAGUCUAUUUUCCAGAUGAUACGGAUGAGGCCUUUGAGGUUGACUCAAGCACAAGAGCCAAAGACUUUUGCCAGAAUAUCAGUCAGAGGUUAAGCUUGCGCUCUAGUGAAGGGUUCAGUUUAUUCGUGAAAAUUGCUGAUAAGGUCAUUUCCGUACCCGAAGGUGACUUUUUCUUCGACUUCGUACGUCAUUUGACCGAUUGGAUCAGAAAAGCGCGCCCCAGCCGCGAUGGUGUUACUCCGCAAUUUUCCUAUCAAGUGUUCUUCAUGAAAAAACUAUGGACAAACACCGUGCCGGGUAAAGACAGGAAUGCCGACUUGAUAUUCCAUUUCCAUCAGGAGUUACCAAAACUAAUCCGGGGUUAUCAUAAGUGCAGCAAAGAGGAGGCAGUUAAGUUGGCCGCCCUCAUUUAUCGGGUUCGGUUUGGGGAAAGUAAACAGGAGCUGCAGGCGAUACCACAAAUGUUACGGGAACUAAUCCCAGCGGACCUAGUAAAAAUCCAAUCAGGAAACGACUGGAAACGUGCGAUCGUGGCAGCGUACAAUCAGGAUGCAGGAAUGUCCCCGGACGACGCAAAAAUCAGCUUUUUAAAAGUGGUUUACCGGUGGCCCACUUUUGGAUCUGCAUUUUUCGAAGUUAAACAAACCACUGAUCCGAAUUAUCCCGAAAUGUUGCUUAUCGCCAUUAAUAAGCACGGAGUCAGUUUGAUUCAUCCGCAGACGAAGGACAUAUUGGUUACAAAUCCAUUUACCAGAAUAUCUAACUGGUCCUCCGGCAACACCUACUUCCACAUGACCAUUGGCAAUUUGGUUAGAGGAUCAAAACUGUUGUGCGAAACCUCUCUAGGGUACAAAAUGGAUGAUUUGCUCACCUCCUACAUAUCCCUAAUGUUAACCAACAUGAAUAAACAGAGGAGCAUACGAAUUAAAUAGUUUUAAUUAAAAUGACUUUUCGAAUAUCCUCUGUAGCACUGCCACGUUGCAAAUUACUGAAACCGCAACCGCUGAUUGGCGUUGGGGCUGCUAACUACGAGGUGUACACUUAAAGUCCGUAGAUAUUUUAAUUAUUAUAUUUUAUAAAUUAAAAGGCGAGAUUCUGUCAGUAUUUUAUGGUAGAUCGUGAGAACAAAUUUUAUAUUUAUUUGAAACUUGUUGUGGUAAUGUAAGAAUCUCUAUUUUUAGACGUCCCUAUUUAUAUAUCCUGUAUAUAACGUUUACAUCACUAUAUUUUACAAUGUAAAUAGCAGGCAAUAAAAUUGUUAGCGAUUUUAA